GCUAAUUUCCCCCAAUUCAUUCCACCAGCAAAUUAGAUUUCAACACAUUAUUUUUACUCUUAAAAAAUGGAAGUUCAAAACAGUCUUUUUUUAGGUUUUCCAGAUGGAUGCAACUUGGGGCUAGUGAUGCUAGCUUGCAUGUUCAUUUCAUGGAUCUUUGUUUACAGACGGAACCAGAGGAACAAAAAGGGCCCCAAAACAUGGCCACUCAUCGGGGCGGCGCUCGAACAAUUAAUGAACUAUGACCGAAUGCACGACUGGCUCGUCGGGUACCUGUCCGAAUUGAGAACCGUCGUGGUCCCAAUGCCAUUCACGACUUAUAAUUACAUUGCUGAUCCUGCUAAUGUUGAACAUGUGCUCAAGACCAACUUUGCCAAUUACCCCAAGGGCGAAACAUACCAUUCAUAUAUGGAAGUGCUGCUCGGAGAUGGAAUUUUCAAUGUUGAUGGUGAACUAUGGAAGAAGCAAAGGAAGACAGCUAGUUUCAAGUUUGCAUCGAAGAAUUUGAGGGAUUUCAGCACUGUGGUUUUCAGGGAAUAUAGUCUGCAACUCCAUUCUAUUCUAACUCAAGCUAGUUUCCAUAACCAAGAAGUAGACAUGCAGGAUUUGUUGAUGAGGAUGACAUUAGACUCCAUUUGCAAGGUGGGGUUUGGUGUUGAAAUUGGAACAUUGGCUCCCAGUUUACCGGAUAACAGCUUUGCUCGAGCAUUCGAUACUGCAAACAUCAUUGUGACACUUCGGUUCAUCGAUCCGCUGUGGAAAUUGAAACGAUUUCUCAAUGUCGGAUCCGAAGCUCUUCUCGGAAAGAGCAUCAAAAUCAUUGAUGAGUUUACAUACAAUGUCAUAAGGAAAAGAAAAGCAGAGUUUAAAGAAACUCGGGAAUCCUGCAAAACUAGUAAGAUAAAGCAUGACAUAUUGUCAAGAUUUAUCGAACUAAGUGAAGAUCCGGAAGGGAGUUUAACAGACAAAAGUCUUAGAGAUAUCGUCUUGAAUUUCAUGAUUGCCGGGCGUGAUACAACAGCUACUUCCAGAACGCAUCUCCAUUCAAGUUCACUGCAUUUCAGGGUGGACCAAGAAUAUGCCUUGGAAAGGACUCGGCCUAUCUCCAGAUGAAGAUUGCAUUGGCCAUUUUGUGCAGGUUUUUCAAAUUUAGCUUGGUGCCAAACAAUCCGGUAAAGUAUCGAAUGAUGACGAUUCUAUCGAUGGAGAAAGGUUUGAAGCUCAAAAUAGUCAGACAAUCUUGUUAAGGUGUUCAUGAUUUACUU